AUGCCGCGCCUAGAGAAACCCUUGUGCUAUUGCGGAGUGGUCCGGCCCAGCAGCGCAGCGAGACCCAAGGAUGACAAGGAUGACGAGCAUCCUGGAUUAACGGUGGUCGUGGCGGACAGCUUCCAGGAGCUGGUGAUUGACAGCGAGCGACAUGUUUUCUUGGAUGUCUAUGCGGACUGGUGUGGACCAUGCCUCCAGGCAAAGCCACAUUUUCACAAGUUGGCUGCUUUGCUCCGUGCCUGUGAUGACAUUGGCAUUUGCGGCCGGGCCAGCAUUCGCCACGGGCAAAGCAGCUGCUUGCCACCUGGACAUUGGCUGAGGGAACACGAGAGGUUCGCGUACAACCUGGAGGAUCUCGAUUUGUUGGCCGUCUAUCUGGAGUUGUCCAAGGCCCCAAAAGAGCGCUUCGCCAGCGAGAAAAGUGCGAAACUGACCUUGUCUAUGCUCAGAUUCCUUCGAUCUUUGGACAUUCCUGUGCAGGACAUUUGUUGCUUGUUGGCACACGCCAGCAUCUACUUCAAGGACAUCUAUUCAGUCAUUGGCCAGAACAUGAACCGUGAAGAACUGGCAAAUGUGCACGGCUGCCAAGAGAGUGCUCGUGCUUCUCGUUUUCCUGGCCCAUAG